AUGGAUUUCGAGACGGCGUACGAGAUGUUGGGCAAUUUUGAAGGUAGUCCCAUCCAGGUUACACACACAGUGAAUACGGCUGCAACGAGCAGUGGGAAUAGUGUAAUACACGGUAAGAAUAUUUACAAUGCAUUGCCCUCUUUCCCAGAAUUUCAAGAGUGCACCCCGCCUGCUUUACUCUCGCCAAGAGAUCAGGGCAAUGCAAUCAAGUCUCCGCCAAUGCAUCAUGCGGCAAUGGAUACUGACCAAUUUCUACACACCAAUUUACAGCUGUAUGGGGGGUCCGCACCCCAGCCGCUGUGUUUACAACCGCAUAAAUCAAUGUCGCCGCCGCAAAUGGGGAACCCAAGCGACGAGCUUCUGAGUGCGUUUGAAGCAAAUGCGAUAGAUCAUUUUUUGGAUGCGCUGAUAGCGACGGAUCCCAAACCGGAGAAUCACGGUACGAACGAUACGAGCAGUAACUAUGCUUCAACGCCUGCAUACACUACAGUCGAGCCCGAGCAGUCAGCCACGAUACGACCAAUGGCGUCUGUUGACAUUGAUACAGAAUAUAGGGUACAACCACUCAUAUUACCGGACAUUAAGUUGGAGACGAUGUUGAUCCCACCAAAUAUCAGAGACGACCCGAAACUGGUCAAGAAAUGGAAACACGUUGAGACUGAGAAGAUGAGGCGGAAUCAAACGAAGAAGAAAUUUGACGAGUUAACAGGAAUGACCCGACGCCGGAACAAUGCCCCGCAGAAACGUGUUUCCAAAUUCAAGCUAUUAAGUAACAUAGUAACGGAUAUCAAGGGAAUCGUACAGGCUAACAGGAAGCUGGAGAAGAUGCUGGCUGACGACGUAUGA